GACAUCAAAUUCAUACUACCCAAUAAUCCAAUCAAAGAUUCUCUGUUUCUUUCUUUGUUUUCCAUAAUAAUCAAUCAACUAUAGUUCUAAAAUUCUUUUAUGCACCACAAUAAUACUAUAUAAUUAUUCAGAGUUGGGGUUUCUUGUGGUGAGAGAAAAACUCUGAUUCUGAUCUCAAUUUACUGGACUACCCUUCAGAGUUGAAUGUUAAAGUUCUAAACUUUGCCCAAAGAUGGCGAUUGGGAAGAUGGGAAUAACCGAUUGGUUCCACAGGAAGAUCACUGAUCCCCUUCUUUCCAUUAUUCGCCGAGGAGCUGAGCCUAACCAGUUGGCUUUUUCUGCUGCUCUUGGCAUUACAUUUGGAGUAUUUCCUAUAUGUGGUGUCACUGUAUUCCUCUGUGCAAUGGCUAUUGCAUUGCUUGGAUCAUAUUGCCAUGCUCCAACUGUGAUGCUUGCUAACUUUGUUGCUACGCCAAUAGAGUUGAGUCUGGUUGUACCCUUUCUACGCUUUGGUGAAGUUAUCUCUGGUGGACCUCAUUUCCCUUUGACAUCUGAUGCUUUAAAGAAAGUUUUUACUGGUCAAGCUUCACGUGAAGUCUUAUUAAGUGUUGCCCAUGCGUUAUUAGGGUGGCUGGUUGCAUCACCUUUUAUUUUGGGAACUCUGUACAUAGUACUAUUACCAUGCUUCAAAUUUUUGGUUCAGAAAUUCUCAACUGUUCCUUUAAGUCCGAAGAAGCCUCUUCUCCAUCCACACUCAGAAAUAAGCCUGAAGGUAAGGGAUGUUUGAGAAAACAAUUUCACAGUCACUGUAUCUGCUUAGUGAGAGUGAUCAUCAAUCAUUCAUAGGUUCUUUUGUGACAUAACUUGUACAUAACAAACAAAAGCGUGUCACUGUUUGUAACGCUAAGAUUUACUUUGUGAAGUAUGUGAUGUGAUUAUCAAGAAUAGUAAGCAUUGGCAAAUAUAUAAUUAAUGCUCUCAUUUUUAUUAAAA